UCAAAAAUAUAAUUUUGCUGCUCCGCCAAGACGCCAAUUGCAGUCCACCUUUUUCCGCUUUUCCUAACUUGCUUUCAGAUCUCCAAACAGUGGCACAAAGGAAGGGAUUAAACUAGAGAAGGUGGAAGAAGGAACCAAUGAGCAUAAAUACCCCUUCCUUGCCGACUCUUCCCCCUUCUACCCCCCACCGGACGCCUCCCUUCUUCCUCGAUCCAUCCAGAGGCCUCCGACAAGAGGCAAGGAGCAGAAAGAAUCCAGCUCAAGUUCCAGCCUUGAGUUCAGAGGAAGAGGGGCAACGCCCGCGAGAGCUCCGGACGAUGACAAGAUCAUCGAUGGAAGUCCUUCCUCCGACGACGCCGUGCUACCCCGGCUCAAGUUUGUUCCUUGGCGAGAGGAGGAGUAGGGGCUGGAGCGGAACUGGCACUUGGACCCCCGAGGAGAACAAGCGGUUCGAGUAUGCCUUGGCGAAGUUCGACAAAGAGACCCCCGACCGGUGGGAAAGGGUGGCGGCGUCUCUCCCUGGCAAGACGCCGAGGGAUGUGGAAAGCCAUUACCGGAAUUUGCUGAAUGAUGUGAAGCAGAUAGAAGCCGGGCGGAUCCCAUGUCCCGGCUACGACUCUUCUUUUUCGCUGGACUGGGAGAGCUUCGAAGUGCUAAAGCAAUCAUACUGCGUCGGUGGUAGGAGAUCAGGAGCACGAACAUCGGACCAAGAGAGGAAGAAAGGAGUCCCCUGGACGGAAGAGGAGCACAAGCGAUUUCUGCUCGGUCUCAGGAAGUAUGGUAAAGGAGACUGGAGAAAUAUAUCUCGAAAUUUUGUGAUCACUCGGACCCCGACUCAAGUGGCUAGCCAUGCGCAAAAGUACUUCAUCAGACUCAAUUCAGGUGGCAAAGAUAAGAGGAGGUCCAGCAUACAUGACAUUACCACUGCCAAUUUGCCGGAUAACAGGCCUCCUUCACCGUCUCAGCCAUCUUCUCUUACCUCUCAGCCGUGCUCAGCUCCUGCACCGAUAUGGUCAAGCCCGUACUCAUCGAUCCACGAUACAAAUCCACCCGAUGAAGCGACAGGUACUUUUAGUUCAUCAGCGCAAGUGAGUCAAAUUAUGCAAGCACGAUACGGAGUGGCUGCGUAUGGGUUGAAGCUAGAAGCUCAUGCACCUCAGAGUGGCACUCUUCGUGAUCCAUUGGUUAACGACCAUAAUUUGCUGUUUCGGAUGCAAUCAAGUCGUCAUCUUCCUCACGGAUGAGAUUCUAUUAGUCAGUAUUUGGAUAUUUAUUGCAAAGAAGAACCGGAGGAGGUGAAUGGGGGCUUGAUCGAGGAUGGAAGAUAUGGUACUUUUUCUUCUACGAUAUCUAGUAUGCCAUUGUACACUAUAAAAAUAAAAAUUUGUACUAGCAGCAAUGCAGUAGCCUCGGUCUGUUGUUGAUCAUGAUCUGAAAUUAAGGGUUCUUGUUCUGUUC